GUGAUACACUUUGCAUUGUUAAAGGUUUUUUAAUUUAUUUUGAGGAAAAGUGAACUUCCAAAGUUAACAUUAUGGCUGCGGCUUUAGAACUGUCGUCCAUUCGAUCCUCACCAGAUAAGGAAUCUGAAGAGACGAACUGCAGUCCCUGUGGUAGAGAGGAAAGGAAAGUUGAAGCUACUAAAUUUUGUGCCGACUGCAAUGAACAUUUGUGCGAAAAAUGCGUACACGAUCACAAGAAAUUUGUAGUGACAAAGACUCACAGAAUAACAGCGAAAGAAAAGCCACCGAGUGUGACGCCGAGACAAAAACUGACGGACAAAUGUACGCACCACGAGGGCAAGUUACUGGAGCUAUUCUGUGGGGAUCACGACGAACUAUGUUGCAGUGUAUGUGUAGCCGUCGGCCACAGGUCUUGUUCCGACGUCGUCUAUAUCCCACAGGCGGCCACCGGAGUGGAAAGCAGCAUAGAGUUACUUCAGGUGAAAGAUGCUAUACUUAAAGUGAAGGCUGAAGUUGACGUGCUCCGGAAUCAGCGGAUGGAGAACCAGCGCCAUGUGCAGCAGCAGAAAGAGGAUAUCAUCAACGCCAUCUUGGACAUGCGCAUUAGGAUAACGGAUAUCCUAGACAAGUUAGAACAUACUGCAAGACAUGAGCUCCAAGACAGGUAUGACGUGGUUAUCACUAAGAUAGAUAAUGACGUCAAAACGUGCGAGGAUGUUGGUGAUACUCUCAGAGGUCUGACAUCCAAGAUAGAGACGACAACAAACAAUGAACCAGAGUUGUUUGUUACACUCAAGAAAGCCAAGAAGAGCCUACAAGAAGGAAGGGUAGUGGUAAAGGACAUUUCAAAGAACCUUGGGAAAGAACGAUUACUGUUUAUGGCAGAUCGAACCCUCGAAAACUUGUUGAAUACGAUGACGUCCCUUGGUGAAUUUGGGGAGGACACGCACAUUUACAAGGCGCAGUUCGAGGGAGAAUAUAACAUUAGUUUAUCUUCAGAUCUCGGUUCAAGUGAGGACAAUACUGGUUCAGUAUGCUUACCGGACGGUAAGGUAAUUGUCACAAAUACCCACCACAAAAGGCUCAAACUCCUAAACUCCUCCUGUCGAGUAAUUGACCACGUUGACCUACCUGGCAAGCCUUACGCAGUAUGUAUUGCCAACCCCACCGAGGUGGUCACAAGUUUGAGAGAAGAAAAAGUUCUACAGUUUGUUACGAUAGAGAAGAAACUGAAAAUUUCCAGGGUAAUGAAAGUCGGCGUCUCGUGUUAUGGCGUUGCUUGUCAAAAUGGGGAAAUUUUUGUGGCAUGUAUCGGCGGACAGUAUGAAAAUAGACCACAGCUUCGGGUGUACAAUAUGUCUGGGCGUUUACUGCGUGUCUUUGAAAGAGAUACCGACGGAACGCAAAUAUUUUCUUCCCCGAGAAAUUUGGGUAUAAGCCCCGACGGUACUAUGAUUCAUGUCACCGACAGAGAGUACGGUGUCAUCACAGUUGGUUUGUUAGGCAAAGUCAUAUCCAGGUACAAGAGUUUUGAAUUAGAUUCCCCAAGAGGCAUUGCCGUUGACCCUGACGGCGAUAUUUUCGUUUGUGGGCAGAAUUCGCACAACGUUGUGCAGCUAAAUGCGGCCGGAGAGGAGAUUGGAGUAGUUAUAAAAGAUCGUACCCGUUUAUACCGGCCGCAGUCGGUAUGUUACAUACAGAAAGGCCCAAGGUCUUGGUUGCUUUUAACAUUUCUGAAAUCAAAAUAUGUCAAGCUUUAUGCUCUAGCAUAAAACAUUUAAAGAGUUGAAAAACUAUCUAGUGAAGCUAAACAAAUGUACAGUCAACACUGUAAUUUGCAACCAGCAAGGGGAGUGGCAAAUCUGACUGCUUAAGGGGACGCAUACUUUGAAAUUAGAAAAAAGUGGGUGGGGUAUUACAAAAUUUACCUGCAAAAAAGUACAAGGUUUUGGUAAAUGAAAUGAAUACUGUUUCAACUGUUAUAAGUACACAAAGGAUUGCUCACUAAAAUAAAAAUGAGAAAAACUGAAACAAGAAAGUUAUUGUUGAAUUACAUAAGACUUCUUGUGUACAUUCAAAGUCAACAAUUAAGGCUUUUUGGUGCGAAAAUAAUAGUGCUUCACUUUGUCCAAACAUUUAUCAAUGUCCUACAGAUUCUAAUUUAAAGAAAGAAUGUGAAAUAAGUUCACUGUCUUGCUUUUCAUUUCGCAUAUGUGAGCUAAAACACAUUAUU